AUGGAGCCCACCCAGGAGGUUAUGGAGACCACAGCCGUGGACCUGGGCGCCCUUCUGGACGCAGGGGACGGCGCAGUCGUCACACUGGUGGCGGGCGGCACACGUCUCGUGGCGCACAGGGCCGUGUUGGCCGAUAGAAGCCCCGUGUUUGGCGCCAUGUUUCGCCACGACACACUGGAAGCCUUCAAUGGUGAGGUCGCAAUCGCGGACAUGGAGGGCCCGGUGCUGCGCCAGCUAGUCGCCUACCUCUACACCCUCCAGGCCCCUCAGCUGCCCAGCCUGGCCCCCGACCUGCUGGCAGCAGCUGAUAAAUACGGCGUGUCGGCCCUGAAGGCUCGCUGCGAGCAGCACGAGGCCGCUCAGCUGUCCGUCGAGACUGCGGCGGCCGCAGCUGUUCUGGCGAUCAGGCACUCCUGCACCAGCCUCAGGCAGGCCGCCGUUAAUUUCAUUAAGGCCAAUGUCGCCCAGGUUAUGACCACACGAGGCUGGGCUGACGCAGUGCGCACUCAGCCAGAAGAAGUGGUCACACUGAGUCAGCUGCUCGCGAGUCCUCCAGCAGAAAGCAGCGCGCCGGCCUCUGCAGACGGCAGUGGGCCGCAGGGAGACCGCGGCCGCACCUCUGCCACUGCUGCGCCGCCCACGGCUGCCCGCACCGCUCCUCCGCCAGAUGACUCUGCCGUGUCUCGCCUUCGGAGCCUUCCUGAAAAGGAGAAGAAUAGCAGGCUGAUUCAAGCAGCGAAAGGGGGUGCAGUUACUGAGCUGCAGACGCUGCUGGGAGCUGGUGCGGACGUGGGAGCGAGGGAUGAGGGCGAGAGCAGGUGGACCACCCUGCACUGGGCUGCAGACAAGGGACACGAGAAGGCAGCGAGGUGCCUUGUGGAGGGUGGAGCAGACAUGAACACCAGGACCAGCGGCUGGCAGGAGACGCCCCUGCACAGGGCUGCAUACAGUGGCCACGAGGCUGUGGCGCGGUUUCUGCUGGAGGCAGGGGCGGAGGUUGAUGCCAGGAACAAAACGCAGAGCACGCCCUUGCUCUUGGCUGCAGAGAAAGGGCACGCGGCGGUGGUGCGGCUGCUACUGGCCUCCACGCCUUACCACAGCGCCAGGAAUCAGUGGGGGCGAACACCGCUACACGAGGUGGCUCUGAACGGCCACGCAGAGGCGGCCUCUGCACUGCUCGAGGCAGGGGCCGACCGCUGGGCGAGGAAUAACGAGGGCAAUACCCCACUGGACCUCGCCAGGCAGAAAAACCACCAGCAGCUGAUAGACAUGCUAAAGUGA